AUGGCUACGGAGGAGAAUGAAAACCUCCUGAAGAAAACCGCGGCCAUGGGGGGGACCGGUCGCCGACUUCUAUUCCUGCAACUCGUAUUUUGCAUCCAGGUAAAUGUCGCCGAGAACGAUCUUCGUGCGAGCAUUGUUAGAACGCGGUUCAGCAAGCAGCUCCCGGCGGGUAAACGUCCCCAUCCCGCACUCCUGUCUCGCAAGGAUCAACUGGCUAUAGUAUCGUCAUUCGCCGCGGCCAACUCCGGGUCUUUGACCACACGGCAUCCUGCGAUCAAAACGAAUUUACACGAAGAUGACGAUCUUUACUUACCGGAUCAGGAUUUGUCGGUUGCGACCCUUCUCGACGUCCAGGUUCAAUGCGGCAAAAACGUGAUGGAAAUCACGAUGAAUUUUGAUAGUCCUUUCAACGGGAUCAUCUAUUCGAAAGGCCAUUACUCGGACCUGCAAUGUCGAUACAGCACUGUAGGGAACGAACCAAAUCGAAGGAGAUUCAGCGUGCAAGGACAUCGCUGCGGAUCCAAAAUCGUCGACGGGUCCAAAGGGGAAGCGUUCCUCGAGAACACCGUGAUUGUCCAGCAUACUCCAGGAAUCCAGGCCGUGACGGAUACCGCUAGAGCUCUGCGUUGUCGUUUCGAGAAAGAAAACAUCACGAGAACCGUGUCAUCCUCGCUCUCGGUUGACGUGCUGGAUGUGAUUUCGGUUACGUACUCUGGUGACUCGAUUGACUCUUACAUGGAUGUCCAACUGGGCAAAGGUCCCUUCAACGCAAACCCCGUGAACGGUCCCGUCAAGAUCGGUGAAACUCUAACCCUGGUCGUGUACAUCCACGGGGACGAUUACGAUGUUCACGUUGCCGACUGCCUCGCGCAUGACGGAGACAUCAACAAUGCGAUACAGCUCAGCAACAAGAACGGAUGCGUCAGCAAACCGAAGGUCAUGGGGCCUUGGCAGAAAACCCGAGAGACCUCGAACACCGGCGCUUCGGCGAUCGCGUGGGCUUACAUCGAGGCUUUCAAGUUUCCGGAUAAACUCGAAGUUUUCCUCGAGUGCAACAUCGAGAUCUGCAAAUACCAAUGCCACCACGACGAGCUGCAGUGCCUCGAGGCCAAGAAAGCGCGUCUGCGUAGACGGCGCGAGAGAAUCCACGGCUCGAACUCCACCGAAAAGCUCGUGGUUCGAUUGAGACGGCAAGCCCAAAGCGGAGCAGAACCGGAGGACGGUAACGCAGAAACGCCCUCGGAUGUAUCGGAGAGCGCUCAUCUCAUGAGAGGUAUCCGGGUCAUCGCUCCCGAAGACGCUCCUGAAGAAGUUCCCGGACCUUUGAACACAGUGAAGGUGUUGAAUAAUCAGAACCACAGGGGAGGACCAGUCGUCAUUAUGAAUUCGUCGAAUCAGCUAUGCGUUUCGACCACUGGUUUCUUGUUCUGCGGGUCGUUGGGUGUUCUUCUGUUGAUCGCUUUGCUUCUAACCAUCGGGGGAUUAUAUCUCCGCACCCGACAGCUUAACCCCGAAGUUCAACUGAUGACAGAAGCGGCGAUGGCCGGCACCAUGCAGAGGAGACAAGUCAUCGCUUCCAUUUCGUCUCGCGCCGGUCAAGGAGCUCCAAGACGCAAGGGUGAUUUUUGAAACUUGCCAUAAAGCCAAUAAUCAAAUCUUCACAGAUCCGCUGGCUGCUAUUCGGCGACGUGGAGCGUAAAUGCUCCCUGUACGGAUCCAAGCGAACAUGAAUCGAAUCGCACAUUGGUAGCGUCCGCAAGAGGCUGUUGUAAAUAAAAUGUACAUACUCGAUGGCACAACCCAUCGCUAAGUCUCUGAGGCUCGGGUUGGAGGAGAUAGGAAACACGGAUGUGUGGGGAUCGACGAGCCAGACAUAGAUGACGAUCAAGAGCCGGAAUGACCCUGUGAUGCAGUAGGAAUAUGAACCCGAUCGGAAACCACGGGAGACACUCCCCGACGGAGGCUCCGAGGGAAAAAGUGCUCGAUCGAUGUGGGGCCCGAUCCCCGGAUUCCCCGAUGGAUGAUGAAUAAAUGAGACCGUCUCAGGAAGAAAA